AUGGAAACUUAUGGAAGGCAGUGGAAGACGUUUUUGCCCCUACUGUUUCUCUCUCUGUUCUCCACCGUCGGAUCGUCAUCACAUCAUCAUGGCCGGGUAUCAUCAACCAUACGAUUCAAAUUAGCAGGCGCUGCUGCGGAGAGGCAGGUUCCGAUGCGGGCGGGUGCACCGUUCAAGAUUGCCAUGUUUGCUGACCUGCAUUUUGGAGAGAACGCGUGGACAGACUGGGGCCCAGUUCAAGAUAUAAACUCUAUCAAGGUCAUGAAUACGGUGUUCGACAAUGAAACUCCAGAUUUUGUAGUAUAUCUUGGUGAUGUCAUUACGGCUAACAAUAUGAUGAUUGCAAAUGCAAGCUUGUAUUGGGAUCAGGCAACCUCUCCAGCAAGAAAUAGGAGCAUACCUUGGGCCAGUGUAUUUGGAAACCAUGAUGAUGCUCCAUUUGAAUGGCCAUUGGAGUGGUUCUCUGCACCUGGAAUUCCUCAAAUUCGCUGCCCUCAAUCCGGAAAUUCAUAUUCAGGAGAAGAAGAAUGUAGCUUCAAAGGAACAGGACGACUGGAGCUCAUGAAAAAUGAUAUCAAGAACAAUGCAUCAUCGUAUUCUAGCUAUGGUCCUAGAAAUCUUUGGCCAAGUGUAUCCAACUAUGUCCUUCAAGUUUCAUCCCCUGAUGAUCCACAAUCACCGGUGGCUUUCCUUUACUUUCUUGAUUCUGGUGGUGGUUCCUAUCCUGAAGUCAUAUCUGAUAGCCAGGCAAAAUGGUUUCUGCACAAAGCUGAAGAAAUUAACGCUGACUCAAGUGUUCCAGAGAUUAUUUUCUGGCAUAUUCCAAGUAAGGCCUAUGAGGUGGUGGCUCCAAAGAUUAGCAUACAAAAGCCUUGCGUGGGUUCAAUCAACAAGGAAAGUGUUGCUCCUCAAGAGGCUGAAACGGGUAUAAUGGAUCUUCUUGUGAACAGAACUUCUGUCAAGGGAAUAUUUGUUGGACACAACCAUGGAUUGGACUGGUGCUGCCCAUACAAGAAACUAUGGUUAUGUUAUGCUAGGCACACUGGCUAUGGUGGCUAUGGAACUUGGCCUAGAGGAGCUCGAAUUUUAGAGAUAACUCAGAAGCCCUUUUCUCUUCGAUCUUGGAUAAGGAUGGAGGAUGGCCAAAAGCACAGUGAAGUUGCGUUGAGUUAACAAGUCAUUACAUAUAUAAAAAGUGUAGCUAGUAAAUUUGUAAAUGCAUUCAUUGUGAUUAUCUUCAAGUAUAAAGGUAACAUAUAUGUGGGGAUGUAGAUAUUCAACUAUUGGCCAUGUACUUUUCUUUUAAAAAUUCAUUAUUAAUAUACAUUUUAUCAGUGUGAAUGUACAAUAAGUCUUCAACCUUUUUUCUUGCUUGUCUGACCAAUAUUUUAUUGUAUUCUGUCAAGCUUCCUCACAGUUCUAUUGUAAAAACAGAAAAAAGAGAAAAUAAAGAGUUGGCCCUAGAGUCACUGUGAAGAUCCAAAUUGGGACCUUAGAUUGCAUAGGGUCAAUGGAUGACAGCUUUGUAGUAUCAAAAGGACUGAACGGCUCUGAUUUUGCCGACACUACGAUGUUUAUCGCAGCCGUUGAAACUUGGCUUUGAGGAACGUGCUUGGGAAGCUUCGAGUCAAUUGAGGUAUGUGAUGGUUUAGAAACAUCUAGGCUCUGAGUUAUGCCCUCUCCACCGUCACGUGACUGGUUAGCUCCCAUUACCACCGUGUUGUUCUUGUCGGCUGUAUUUCCCUUCGGUCAUUUUUCUUUCUUGUGUUAUUCACCACUGUAGUACCCCUGGUGCUGGCUAAUAUGUCUCCUUGUUCCAUAUAUGCUCCCUCGAUUCCGAUCGGCAAGAUCGUAACUUUAUCUUCCCAGGUAGAGUAUUUCGGUGCCAGACUUGUCCAUUGGAUUAAUACUUGGGGUAUCAGUUCCCCUUUUCGCCAUAUCUGUCGUUCUCCCAAAAUCGCACGAGGAGUGUGCAACAAAGGAUCUUCCGAGGUGCCAGAAGGCAAAGGAUGCACCUUGAAGAGUUGUCCUUGCCGGAACGGGCGUAAUAAAGAGACGUGGAAGACCGGUUGAAUGCGAGCUGUAGUGGGAAGCUUCAAAUGGUACGCCACAAACCCAAUGCGUUCCUCCACCUCAAGGGGACCAUAGAAGCGUAAAGCCAAUCUUUGAGAAGAUCUACGAGCGACAGAGAUCUGUUGAUAUGGUUGUGGAUGCCGGAAGACCAUAUCUCCGACGAUAAAGUGCCAAUCCCUUCUUUUCUUAUCUGCUUUUGCCUUCAUGGUUUUUGUGCUUUGAAUAACUUAUCUUUUGACGUGCUCAUGAGAGAGGUACGUUCUGUCAGAGUGGUGUCAACAGCUUCAUUGAACAAUCUGCCCAAGCAAUAUCCCAAAAGGUUGGGAGGUGUCUUGCCAACAUUACCUAGUAUGGUGUUAUCCCCGUGGAUGAAUGAAAGGAUGUUUUGUAGUGAUACUCGGCUAGACUCAGGAAUUUGGACCAAGUUCUUGGAUGUUCAUGGGAAAAUGCCCUCAGCUAACUUUCCAAACACCUAUUUACUGUAGGAUCGCUCAAAUACAAAACCAACAAAUAAAACAACUAUUUAAGAAUGUCG